CUCCAAUACACAAGUGGAAGAAUAGUACAAUGAAGCUCUCCCCGUGGCCAGCACUCGCCCUCCUCCCCCUCACCAGAGGGAUAGUCCUCCCCCAACAAUUCCCCUUCUUCCCCCCAACCCAAGAUCCAAACCAAAACCAAUCCCCAAAUCCCCUGGACAUCGCCCUCGACGCAGAGCCCUCCAGCGACACCUCCCCCCAGCACAACUGGCUCAGCGCCCUCAUCGACGCCGAGACCGACAACAACAACAACGGCAAUUACAACCUCCCCGCCACCUACCCCCAAUCCCUCUCCCAAACCCCCGGCUUCCGCUCCUCCCCGCCCAAUCGUCCCCAUCAUCCGCCCUCCAACAAAACCCUCUACCAGCUUAUCACAGAAUGCAAACACACUACUAUCCUAGCGCGGAUCGUCUCCAAAGACGACGAGUUGACCCGUCUGCUCAAGGCAUCAGACGCUAACGUCACGCUCUUCGCGCCGCCUGACUCGGCUUUUAAAUCCGGCGGAGAUAGCGAGGAAGAUGAAGAAGAGAACUUCGUCGCAAAGUACCACCUCCUCGAUGGACUCUACCCCACUGUGCGCAUCUUCCACGCUCAGACACUUCCUACCUUGCUUGUCGGCGACGAGCUCGGAGAUGACCUCCCCCAGCGUGUGGUUGUCCGUUUUGGAUGGCGUGGGAUCGUCAUUAAUCAGUAUAGUCGGAUUGUAGUGUCUGAUAUAAAAGCAACAAACGGCCUCCUCCACAUCCCAACCGACAUCCUCACCCCCCCAAAAUCCACAAAGAACCUCAUCGACGAAGAUCCCUCCCAGUUCAGCACUCUCGCCCUCGCCCUGCACAAAACCAACCUCUCCCUUCCUCUAUCUUCCCACCCCUCCUCCAACCUCCAUCCCCAAAGAGAAAUAAAAAAAAAAACAACCCUAGCCCCAACAAACACCGCCUUCGCCAAACUCGGCUCCAAAACCACCUCCUUCCUCUUCUCCCCGCAGGGCCAGCCCUACCUCCGCCGUCUGCUCCAAUACCACAUCGUGCCGGAUAGAGCUAUCUACACGGACGUUGUGUACGGCGCGAAUGGCUCCGUGACGGAGAUACCGCCUGCGGCGUUUACGCAUUUGGAUGUGCCGAGUGAGGAUGAAGACGACGAUGAGGAUGGUGAUGGUGAUGGCGGGGCGCACCUUGGGAUUGAUAUUGUGAGAUUCGGGGUGUAUGCUUCUGUUAAGGUUAAUGGGUAUACGCGUGUUACUGGGAGGGAUGUUGUUGUUAGUGAUGGGGCGGUGCAGGUUUUGGGGCAUGUGCUUGUGCCGCCUUUGAGAGUUGGUGGGAGUGGUGAUGGUAAUGGCGGGUGGGGGAGGGAGGUGGCGCCUGAGUGGACGGGGGAGGAGGAUGAGGUUACUGUGGAGGAUUUGAAGAGGAGGUUGGGUGGGGAGGGUGUGGUGGAGGGGGUGCAUGGGGAGUUGUAA